AAGGUGCUUCUUAUUCUUUUGUGGCUUAUUAAAUGAAAAAAAUGUAUUGAGAAAAAACUAACGGUACGUGGCGGUUCAUGUGUAAUUCCAGUAUCAACCUAUUUUGUGGGAAUUUUCACUCUAUGCAGAGUGAUGGCCCUGCAAAAUUUUACGAAACGUUCAACACACGUUCAAACCGAGCUUCCCUUCACGGUAAUCCAUCUCGAACAUACGCCCGCAAUUCAAGACAACCCACUGUUCCAGGCAAUCGAACUUGGAAGCACUGUUUUCGUUGUUGAUGAAGACGCUGCCCUUAGUUUUCUCGACCAGUUUAUUCCGUUUCAUGACUAUGCAAUGUUUAGAAAUCCUGGAAAAUGUCUUAUAAUUACGAUUAACUCUGUCGGUGCUGAAGCUAGUGAUCUACUGGAGAAAAUAAAAUUGCAUCCAACAAUUCUUGAGAUUGCGAAUUUGCUCAUCGUCGUCCCGAAUGGUAAAGUGUUUGAAUUAAUUACACAUCGUUGGGUUGGGGAUCCCCCGGAGGCAUUGGAGUUGCUGCAUUUGGAUACCUAUCAACCGGACAGUGGCACAUUCGUUGAUGGCAAUGACCUGUUUCCGGACAAGAUGAACAAUCUGAUGGGUAAGACAAUCCGGCUUGCGGCAUUCUAUCUGCUCCCUUGGAUCAUGAUGCGUCAAAAAGAUGAUGGAGUCGUACGGUAUCUGAAUCAAUCGUACACUAUAGAUGGGAUCGACGGGUACAUGCUGGUACAGUUUUGUAUACGAUUCAACUGCACUUGGGAUUUAUCAGUUGAUCAAUACUGGCAGUAUGGACAAGUGUUUGAGAAUCGGACCGGAAAUGGAAUGACCGGGGCCUUGGUCGCAAGAAAGGUAGAUUUUGCCCUAGCAGCAAUGGGUAGCUGGUUUCAACUAUUCAAAUACUUCAGCUUCUCGAUUUCCAUUCAGUGGAUCGGGAUUACCACUCUGACUCCAAAACCCAAAUUGAUUCCGGCCUGGAAGAUUAUAUUCCUGAUGUUCUCCGGACCAGUGUGGACUUUGGUAAUAGUGACAUACAUAUUUUAUUCUACCUUUUUAUAUCUUCUACCAACUGAAAUUGGCCGCAACUCCGCCCGUAUUAAGAAAGGUAUCACAUGGAACUUGUUGAAUGUAUUUGCCGGUUUUUUGUUGCUACCAUCUGUUUCCCGACGUAGCCGAGCUUCGGAAGUUAUCGUUUCCAUCACUCUGCACAUAUAUACCCUCAUUGUCGGAUAUGUAUACAUAGGCCAAACCCACAGCAUUCGAGCAUUUCCGGUGUUCCAACCUCCGGUGGACACUGUUAAGGACUUGGCAUUAAGCAAUUUACGAUGGAAUGCCCCGCACGAAGUGUGGACCUACAUGAUUAGCCAAUCUCAAGAUGUAAUGCCUGUGUAAAAUCCACAUUAAGUCCCUACUAAAAGCAAGCCUCAUUUUAGCCGUACAUGAAAAUGAUUUUGUCGGCAUUUCACGUGGCCCCGAUACCAGCCCUAAAGACUUUAGCUGACGAAGGCAACGAACCACUCUGUAUGGCCGCGCUUCA